AUGCGCCUUUUCUAUCGCCAAUUCCUGGAUUAUUUGGAUUUUCUAUUCUCGUUCUCUCUCGAAGACGUGAGUGCCUCCUUUCUAGUUUGUCUUCGAGAAGGCCUAGUACUUUUCUAGAGGCCGAGUAUGCCCCACAACAAUUCUCUUUGCUAUGUUGAGACAAACUUAUUUCCUCGUUCUUAGCCCUAAAGCGGCCUCUGACUUUCAACUAAAGAUAAAAAAUUAUAGUUUCCUCGCUCUGGCUCAUCAAUACGUGGAAGGGAGGGAUCGCGAUUUUAUUUUAAGAUUGUCUGGUUGUUGGUCUUCACCGUAGUGCGAUACUUGACAUUGCAUCUGUUGAACUUAUCCAUGGUGGUGAGGCUUUCUUUGGAGAACACCGCUAUGCGACUAGAAUUUUAAUUCCGCAGAUGCAGAGACCAUCCGGUCGCUCCCGCAAUCUUUCGGAUCGUCUGAGUGACAGCGCACUUAAAUAUAAGAAAUUUGAAUUUAAGGUUCAUGAUCAUCAUUUCCUUUGGCGUGACUGCUUGUGCAACUGAAUAAAUUUGGUGGAUUCGUUCAACUGCACCCUUCGAUUUUACUGACUGGUUAUAUUGCUGUACAAAUCUUAUAGGAUCGAGCGAUCAGCUCUCCACCUUAGCGCAGCUUUUUGCGGCCGGAUCGCAUUAAUGCCUUCUUCUUUGUCUUCUGCAUUUUGCUCACUUUUCACACUUUCCAGAAAGGUGGCUUUCACUCUCACACUAUAAAUAUCUAACUAAACUGUCCACAAAAACGAUGUCGUUUUAAGCAUUCGGUAUUUUUGAAAGACACAACGAGGCAGUUUCCUGUCAAUGAUUUCGAAUCGCAUGAACGAAUUGUCAAUUUUUGCGAUGGUUGCUUUAGGUAGGGUCGUUUGUUUGUUUGUCCUUAUAACAUCUGGGCGAGCCCUUCGCAAGAGGGACAUGAACACAUGUUUGCCGUAUGUGGGGGGGUUGAAGCUGACUCGUUCUUAGAGGAAGUUACGCCGACACGAACCUGUCUUACAUUCAUAAAAGUAGCUACAACCGUAAACAUGCAGUUGAACAGGUAAACGGGAUACUAACCGUAGAAGAUUAAAGCAACUUCUGAUGGACUUAUGUACGGGGUUUCCACUAACCUUGCUACCUGAUAGGGACUGCCCAGGCAUUAAACUCUCAUCAAAUGGGUGCUCAGUAGCAGAUCGUUACAAAAUCGUGCUAAAAGGACGGCUAAACAUUCGCUAAAAACAGCUUGGCUAGCGAUAAAUCGUAUUUUGCCCAAAAUAAGAAGCACCAGUGAGCUACAGUAACGCCCUAUAAACUGCCUCAUCGGAUUCGAUUAUAUUACAGGUAUUGCAAGUAAUGGACAAAAUGCACUGGCCUGUAGCUAUAUUCGACGCACGUCUCAGACUUCUGGAAAAUGACUUCGAGUUUUUCGUGUUCCAUGAUAAGCCAGCUCUUGUUCCUGUGCCUUGCAGAACUCAGUUAAUAAACUUGAGUUUUAGUCGAGUUUGCGCAGCAUAUUCAAUGGGCUGUCGACUUUUCACUUUGAUAAACCAGUUCUUAAUAACAUUUUACCUAAUAGGCUGAACAUUUUUGCAUGCUUCUGAGCCUCAAACUGAAACCAGCUAGAAGCCAUUCCCAUCGGAAAAACAGUACCAAAGCAACUGUUAGCAGUAUAGGAUUACUUCGAACUUGUUGGCCUUCUUUCUGUGACGGUUGGGUCGAUUUUACUCAUGCAUAUUUUUACUGCCAUAUAAAGGCUUAACAAGGUUUUCUUUUGACUUCCCACUCCGGCUGCCAGAGUCGUUAACACUCCUAAGACCAGUCCGCCCUCUCUUUGUUUGAGUAUUCUGUAAGGAUGUUUUAAAAUCCGUCUAAUUCAGAGGAGCUGCAUAUCCCCACAUAAGGUAAUAUUGGGGAAUUUUCAUGAUAAUAUUAGCAAUAAAAACGGGUCUCCUCCUCCACGUUAUGCUCAGGACGCUAGCACUGAACUAGUGAAAGCUGCAGACAUUAGGAAAACCGCGAAAGGGUUCGCCAUUCGUCUAACAUUUCUUUACCAUCCGUAUGUCCUACUUUAUGCCUUGGAUUGAGUCAUUAUGCCCGUUCGACGCUUUCCCAACUUUGAAUUACAUUCAAUAGUACUUCUAAAUCGGGCUCAGUUUCGACAGUUUCCAGUUGCCUACGCUGUCGAGGAGGGCUGAAACUGGCUGUUGCCCUCCACUUAUUGUUACAGCAAGAGGCGGUGAAUUUCCGCUGCUUCAAAGAAUGAGUAACGGCCUCCAUUUGGCGUUGCCGGACAGCCACUUAUCUCUGUUUGCAGUGCAGCGUUUGGGGCACAGCUGGCAUAAGGUUUAAAGUGGCGCUCAGCCUCUUCUUGCUCCACUGGCUCCCGCAAGCCGAGUAGAAAACUGAAGAGACGGGCUGCCCUACUUCGAGCCUGACAUUCCCACUCGGAAGACAGGUGCGUCCAGCCCAGUAGGAUCUAUUUUUUGCCUUUUCUGGGUCGUCGGAGUGUCAGACGUGCCGCCAUUCUUCCGAUCUAGAGUGGACGUGCGUAGAAUUGUGACCAGUGUGUAGGACUCUCGGCGUGGUUGCGUCUCAUGAACAGCGUGUCCAGACGUUGCCGGCUUUCACAUGUAUGGGUGUGAGUCAAGCGAGGGAUGCAAAACCCAGUUCUCGUGAGUGCACGUAAGCAUACACUCGAAGGCCCAUGCGCCUUCCCUUCAUGUCGCUGCCAUCGUCAUCUUAUCCUUCCCGUCGGCCGCCACUCAACGGCGUCACCUUGUGGGACAGUGGGGGGACGCAGUGUUACAUGAAUGGAAGUUUUAUAACGAUGACCUCAAAUGACCCUGUCGUAUUCGGGCGACAAUGACUGCUGCUUCCUCCUCCUAAACUCUAGGUCCCCGCCGAUGCCAUAUGCGCACUUAACUUUGCUAUUGCCGUCUUAUAUUCAUCUAGAACGAAGCCGUCAGACGCCACUUAAGAACCAAUACAGGGGGCUGGUGAGCAAAAUCAGCGAACAUCAGGGUUCCAAUGUAGUUUUUCUGCGCCUUUGGUACAAACCACGAUUGAACAGAGAGUCACCUCAGCAUUAAAUUGAACACUUGAGUGGUGCAAUGUCAGAGUGGCUGUGCGACUGAUAAUUAGUCGGGCAUCAGUCCAGGUUAACAUCACAUUAGCUCGACGAGUGCAGUUCAAAGUUCAUCAAAAGCAUGGCAUAAAAUAUAGUUUUGGUAAGACUGUAUCACAGCAACUUCAGUACUACAAAGAAACAACGGCUUGGCUCGGUAAUUUCAGUUAAUCGUCCGGGGAUAGGGUGUCAUUUUACCUCAGUAGCCUACUACCUCUGGUGAAACGCUUGCAAAGAAUAGCGGUCUCCGUGUACGUUCAACACUUCGAAGCAUCGCGAAGGUUACAUCAUUGCUCUACAUUUUAAAAUCUCGUCUUCACGACCUCAAGUUAGAUAUGAGCACCAAUCCGAAGCGUUUGGCAAGUAAAAUGGUUCCUUCUACGAUCUAAGUUGCUUCAGUUUGAUUUCUAUGACCGAGUCUGUACAACCACUUAUUAGGAGUGAAGUCUAGGUGAGAAGCCUGGUAAACCGUUCGACACCGACGUUUGGGUUUCCAUGAUGUUUGCAAUUGUCUAAAGAUGUCAGCGAGAGGAGGACCUGCAUAAAGAUGUAUCUGCUCAAAAUACGACUCUGUUUUAUUUUUGUGCUGGGAAGGGCAGAAAUUUGCAUACUCCAAGUAACAUCUCGUUCAGACUUCCUUGCCUAGGAUUUCUCCCUAUCAGUCUUUAUUUUUUCUCUGGAAACCAAACAACUUCCGGUGACGAACUACCAUAUAUGACAAAAUAGGGGACGAAGAAAGUGUCUCAGUACGUCGUUGGUAGCAAAUUAGGUGAGUAAAAUUAGGCUCGUUAUUCCUGUUCAGUGUCUUUACCCACAGAGAGCGAUACAAUCUCCGAGACUCAUCUUUUUCCAUCCGGCUGUCUUCCUCCAUUUGGGCAGAAACGUCCGAACUUCGUCACCUGUCUCCAAUCACUCCCACGCGACCGAGUACCACUUCAUUCGAAGUAAUUUCGAAAUUAGCCUUAGGGUUGUGUGAGGCCUUCCUCAAUCCCUCUGCUGAAUAUUCGGUCAUUCUUCUUAACUUUGAGGUUCCUGGGCAUGCAUUAUUUCAACACUAUAUUCAAUUAGAAAACGACUAAAGUGGAAGACAUCACGUGAAUCCAACUCUUUAUCACCACACAACCGUUAGUAUCCCCACCAGCGCGGAAUCCAGUUCUCCAUACCCAAGCGAGACUUGUCCCUAGGGGCUACUAAAAAGUCAUAAUCCGACCAUAACUGCAGAGCCCAAGAUAGUCAUUCUUCCCCCUGGAUAUCCCGUUUGAAUGCCUCUCUAUACCAUUAUACGUUCAUUUUGUGCAGUUUCGGGCAAGACCAUUAAGUCGCAUAAACUGGGCGAUUACUCCGUACGCGGAAUAGCCAAACCCGCUGCGGCUGUGAGGAAGUGACAAUCGUGUGAACUGAGAGCUUCUUCGGCCUUCAGUUUGUCAACGAGCUAGAUGUCCUCCCCUUUCGUAUUCAGCACCGACACAUUCUGAACGGAGAAAUUAGCCACAUGGGGAGGGCGUGGUUUAACACUGGCUACAGUGACGUUAGCGGUAAACCACAUUUGGGGCAAAUAUCACACCAGCAACCGACAAUGUUGACGGAAUGGCUGCAGUUAACGACUCGAAUGCAGGCGACCAAGCGAUCAUCGCACCAAGUAUGACCAUCAGCGAUGAAUACCGGAACCCCUAAUUUUCAUAGGCAUGUGAUCACCCGGCAACAGCAUCCUAUAAUUACUGCACCUCUUACUUGUCCACUACCUUUACCUGUAGCUGUCUCUAGUCGUGAGAUCGAGUGUGAAUUCGAAACGUCAGGUGAAUAAGACUCCUGUUCUAGGGACUACAUCUCCUUUUCAGCUGCUCCCUGGAACCCACCUUUUCAAUUAUAUCUACACUUCCACUAGUUGUGCCUGGUGGGCAUGCGUUGUAAACUCGCACGGGUCCUCAUUUUGAUCAUUUUAGCGGGGUUACGAAUGGGCUGACUUGAAGUAAGAUUUCCUACUGCUGUUUAUGCGCUUCGAUAUCCGAGGUGUAAAGGUAUUUUACCCGCCGAAAUCCGUGCAUCCAGCAUUAUCCCCUCUUUCUCCUGGCCACAUUUGGAAGCUAUGACCUUAGACGGCCUGAGCUGGGCGAGAGAAAGGGUCUUUUCGCCGCAUGUCACUUUGUUUCGACAUACGUCAUCUCCUUUAUAUUACAGAAGUAUUGGUCAUAGGUGGACAGUGCCUGGAUUUUAUUCAGCCCUCCCCAAAAAAGUUCAGAGACUGUGUCGGUCUUAUCAUUGCUGCCUUCAAGUAUGAACUUGCUCGUAAAUGACAUUCAGGAGAGAUUCAGUUAAUGAGCACAAUAGCCUAGCAAGUGCGAUUUUUUGCGCCUCACACGAAGCGCUUCAGAAUUACUGUCACGAAUGAAUAAUUUACUCAUUACUUCGCAAGAGCACAGAUGGGUAAACGACAACUCUCCUUGCACGUUCUAAAGAAAAGAAUAAAGUUGAGUGGUGUUCCCAGGGUUUGCAUGGUUGAGGGGGAACGAGCAACUAUCUGCUUUUGCUAGAUUUGUUGAAAUAAUACAUGCAGAUGGGCAGAAGAAUGUUUUCACUCGAAAAUCAUGCAUAGUAAAAAGAGAGAGAGAAACUGCACAGAAUGUGCUAAUUAGGUCGGUAGGGUGCUCUGCCUCAUAAAAACCAGGAACCCUGUUCUACUGAGGAAAAGAAUUUUUCGUCCCGGGCCUACAUACCGCCUAACGCAUCCUUACAAAAAAAUAGUGUGCACACCCAACGUGUAGACAGUCAGCUCAUCAACCAUUUAAUGACCACUGCCUCUACUGCCACCACCUAUUGAAAUUUGGGCUUCCGGUCACGGCUUUGACAUCCAGGAAAACGAUGACUAGCCACCCUAACUAGCAGAGACCCUAGUAUUCGGAACGUUUGCCUGUCCAGUUCUUGAAAAGUAGUUCUUGUACGUAACCGUGGGCCGUAACCUGCCGAACCACUGUGUAUUCCUAGGUAGGUUAAACGCUAAGUCAUUUGUGGCUUUAGUGCCUCACUUGGUAGCGUCUAAUAGGAAAGAAUAUCUUUCAGUCAUAGCAUUUAAACACCCCACAGUCGCUGUUUAUCUACCAAUGGGAUUAUUAGGCAGAAUUUGCUAAUAAUUCGGAACGAAUGUGCUUGAUUAUUAGAUGGACGUUUGCGUACGCAGUUGUUUGAUUGAGUGAUUUCUACUGAAAGGUAGAAACAUUAAAAGAAGGAGAAUUACCAAGUCCCAUAAGGCACGCAGAGCUCUUGAUUAGGAUGUUCGUCUUUAGUGACUCUACGCGAGUAUUCGUCGGAUGUUUUACCGCAUAAAACAGUAGUAUCGUCAAUACUAUUAGGCACUGAAGCAAACGAGAGGUACGAUUAGUUCAUCAGUCGUGGUUUGAAAAGGACUUUUCGUUUGCAGUCAAACUGGCCUACGCUUUUGAAGGCUUUUUCACCAACUAUCACUUUCAGCACAUGUCUCAUCAUUUGUAUAACCAAACACGCGCCCCAUUCAUCCUAAUUAACAUAAAAGUCGGAGUGACACAAGGCCCAUAUGUACUUAGCAUUAAGUCGCCCAAAAAAGAGUAUUACACGCCGGGAAAAUCGUGAUGAGGGUUCUGGCUCUCCAAAACCGGCUUGCUUAGGAUGAGGAGCAAUUUCAAAAUUGUGUCCUGCAACAGGCGGUUCCGAAGUACUUUCUCACAACCAGAUUAAUCCCACAGAAGCCUGAAGCCGCAUCUCCUCAUCUGUGAUUUCUAACAGGCAUGUGUAAACGAAAGUCCGCCUACAGCAAGGAAAUCGCUGCUGUACCUCUCACACACACACAUAGCUCUUUGAUCCCGGAGUUCUUGUCCGAUCUCUGUCGUUUGCAUCUGAGCGCACUCCGACACACACGCACACAGUACAUGGAAAUGUGACAGCUGGGAACGUUUGUCGAAUCCACGCACCCACCGGAAUAAACCCAGACUGACGACACGACCACAAGCACGGAUGGACGGCCGCCCCUCUGGGGUGGGGACAGCAGCCGUACCAGCAUAGGCAUAAUUCGUGUCCCCGUCCCGUAAUACCGGGUGGUCUACACUUCCGGGUCAGAGCUCGCGUCCCAUUUUCCCUGCAUGCGCAUCGCCCGUGCCAUUGGGUCUAACAUCUCACAGCUUGUGAUUCACACAGCCUUGUGACCUCAGCAGGGUUUCCUCCUCCGGUGCUCUUUUUUGUCCCAUAGCAUAGCCGGGCGUCAGUUUAUCUAGUCACCACAGCGUGCAGAACCCUGUAUUUUCUAACUUCCCACACACUUUGAAAGCUCAUGUGCUGCCAGUCCAAGUGUCAAGGUCCUAACCAACAGUUGUGACAUUUGCUAAUGGCCAGACUGAUGGUUGACUCAACAGCCCUUCAGCUUUGCCUCGUUGCGGCAUAUAGGUUUUGAUAUUUCCGCCGCACCACUGCAUGUGCUAAGUUGCUGAUCCUGUCAGAGUAUACGCCAGCGGUCGUCUCCCUCCCACUUUAGGGGGGGGGGACUUAGGUGGGAAGUAUCUGUUGGCGUGGAAAGCACUUAAAGGGCUUGCUCGAAACUAAUGAUGUCAGGCAAAACUGCACUUUUAGGUGGAAUCUCUGGUCCAAAAAUCAAAAUGCAAAAUUUAUUUUUGACUACAGACUAUGACAACAUCCAAUCCAUACAGCCUAGCCUUUUGUUCUCGCGCACCCCUCUGGCAUAAGCGAAGGUCAGUCCGUACGCGAUCCUGAUAAAAAUCUUCUUGCUUUCUCUUUGUGCUCCGCGGCUGUUCCCUUCUUUUUACUAACGAUGUGAACGAGUGCCUAUUGUAACCGGUUAAGUAGGAUUUGCUCAGGCCUUGCCUUUUGUGAUGGAUUAACUGAUACUUGAAUUUUUGCAAAUCCCAUAAUACAGUAGUAUUUCUGCCGCCGGUCGGAGAUAUUUUUCUGCGUAAAACAAUGAGCUUAGUCGAUUCUAAACCAGCGCCUGUCUUUUCAUUCUCCCACGCCCCCCUACCCUCCAGCUGUUCAGCAGCCGACGUCAAGACAGCACGAUUACCUUCUUGCUAGCUGACAGCUUCCCCGAAUUCACUUUGAGUGUGAGUCUUAUGCAAGGUGUGACAACGGCCAACCCCCCGCACCUCAUGAUUGAAGCCGCUAACCGAGCUGAUCAAGCGGUCUGUGUGGAGUCUAUACGAUGUCCAGAACCGCUCACCACUCCGUCACCGCCUCCUCGGCCAACUGAAGUGACAAAGACCCCCGGUGGGCCUAGCCCCACCCCCCGAGUGGAAUUCAAGCGUGCCGAGGGCGAAAUGAAGGGUUCUAGCUCUGCCGCUGACAAGAAACCAGCCAGCUUCUGGGACGCCGUCAUGGAGACCAGCAGCCCUCGACUCUGGGUCAUCGCCACGCUGGUGCUAUCAGUCGUCUGUCUCCUCCUCUUCAUCGCCCUCCUCUGCGCCUGUUUUUGGAUCUGCAACUUGAAACGACAGUACCGACGCAAACGGUGUCGUGGGACCUGCCGAUUUGGUUGCAAGUGUCCCCCAGAUGCAAUUCGUCAAGCGGCCGCCGAUGCAGCUGUCUGUGGUCCCUUGGGCUCCGGUUUGGGCACAAUGCCCAACGGUUCUGUUCUCGGCUACCCUAGCGUAGGUCGCUCUUGGGCCGUUCCCCUCAACGGCAAGAUUCCUGUAAACCCACUUUACGUCUCCCUCGGAGCCAAUGAAAAGCUCCUCUCUGUCCAGGAUUCAGGCACGCCGCCACCACCGCCGUCAGCACAGAUGCUCCCCUUUCAGGGCUCGACGACAGGCUCUGCCACGGGCUCUGGGCAGAAUUGGCCGCAGUACCAAACUUCAAUCCCCAAAGGCAAGCGCAUGAAUCAGGAUGCCAUGUGGUGCAGCCACAGUGAUGGCUCCUCCCUCUCUGAACACACAAUGGCCUCCGGUGUUGGCAGCGGCCCCGGUGCAAUGCGAAGUCAGCCCUCUAGAUCCUCUGGGCAGCCCACGGGGGGCUUCCCCUUCAACGCCUCGAGUGCCAAUACGAGUACCUGCAUGCAAAGUUACUGUCACGGUGACGGUGAAGCCAUACAGGCCACCAACGCGGGCCUUCUGCAUUCGGGGAGCCCAGCACGCUUCGAGGACUUUAAGGGGGACCAGACGGCGAUGACAAUGAGUGCCAUGCGAAACGGCAGCAUGUCGGCCUUCGAGCGUGGCGGCGUCAGCGCGCACCCAGUGGACAUGCGAGGUACCUGUGUGUAGCUUUACUCCUGCUUGUGCUAUACUGCCUGCCCUGAAUGGACUAACAGCACCGAAAAGUGUAACCGCUUACCCGUCUACUUUUAACCUCAAUAAAAUCCCUAUUGAUUUUUAUAGGAUUUUUCACAGUCGGUGUCCAUUCCUGACACGAACUGGGGUCGACCUUUCUGUUGCUUUGAAUGGUUGCGAGACUGUAGCUUCAUCCGAAUAAUGUUAGUUUGUCAUGACAGUAGGCUUGGUUCUGAAGUUAGGAGAGUAAGUGCAAGAUGCAAAUGUGGAAAAUGGUACCUCGGAAGUGCAUGCAGUAAGUGCCAGUCGGACAGCCGCAUCGUGCAAGUGGCUUUGCCUUAGGUAAUUUUCCGAACAUUUCCCGAUUCUGUACCCUAUUUUCAAUGCAAGGGUAAUUUAUCGGAAGGUUUUUCUGACGAAUAUGAACUAGCUGAAAAGUAUGCACGUGCAGUAUCUUUUAUAACACAGUUCACUAAUCUUAAAUCGCCAGCUUCGCCUCCCUUUUAGUAAGCGUGUCUGCCUUCCUCCAAAGUUUCAAGUUAUCUUGCUCUCGUCUCUGAUCCUCUCCUAGUACAUCCGCUGUCACCAUUGCCCUUUCCCACACGGCGUCAUCAGGGAAGUUUGCAGUCUUAAUGCCGGCUUUAAGCGAAUCAUGCUUUGACUAAAGACGAUGUUUCGACUCUUGGCAUAUGGUAACCGGGGUCUCCAUGUGAAUUCGGUCUGGCUGGGGACAUCGUUCCUUCAGACAUUUUGACGUCGUCGUGGUUAGUUCUCUCUUGCUAAACAACGCGGUUGCAUUGGACUAGUCUGUGGUGAGUGUGGACAGGCCUUGGCAAAAGGGUGAAAAUCGCGUUAAAAGAGCCGCGCGGAGUCCUGCAUGACCAUUGGCUGGGUCUCUCUCUCUCUCUGUUGCUGUCAAACCUUCCGCAUGCACGCGCGGAUUCGUCUCUGGGGUCAGCCAUCUUAGCUUUGUGCAUGCCCUGCCCAGCAGCUAUCUACUAACGCCUGUGCAUUUAUUGCCCUCUUCAAACUCCACAGGUCUCAACGCUGACACCUACGACCAAACUCUCGAGGCCGGCGCGACAUUUGCGCAUACAAAUGAGACCGCAAACAUAACACCACCAGCUGCCUUUUUUGAUGUCACCGGAGCUAGUCCAGUUCUCCCGGGCACCGUCACCGGCAACAGUAAAAACGGCCGACAAGUCGAUGGUACUGACUCCAAAAUGAGCCCUCUGGAUCAGUCGUGGACAUUUGGUGGCGAUAAUUCUGGAAAUCUGCCCAGGAGCACAUUUACUUCGUCUUACCAGAACCACCCACUUGGUGGUGUUAAGGUCCUGCCCACUGGUGGUUUUUACGCGGGCAAGCAGAUCCCCACCUCGGCGGAAUUCAAGCGCCGUGAUGGCUAUCUUAACGGUAGUCCUAUCGAGGAAUCCACUGUGAGACGCGCCACGGGCCUUACUUCGCGUCUUCUGACGCAUCCCCUGACAGAGGAUGUCGAACAGAUCUAUGGGUAUGAUAACAGCGGAGGUGCGCCCCUUCAUGGGUUUAAUGACACUCCUGUGCCCUAGGAAGUCGAUGA